GGAAUCCUCAGAAUGUCAAGGUUUUUUCUCCCUCUCCAUCCAUCCCUCCUCCCUCUUUCUUCAUCCAUCCCUCCCUCUUUCUCUCCGCUGAUCGUUCCUUUGCCGUACUGCUCGAGUGUCUUACAUCAGCCUAGCGAGAAAAAGACCGAGCGGAGAAGAGAAGUUUCUAACCGACAGAACUCGCACGGCAAGAGAUUCACACUGGAAUACUCUCUCUUCUCCUCGGAACAAAUGGUUGAAUAAGAAAAACAAUCGACACGUUCCCUGGUUCCCUGGUCCUGACUUGCCGUGUGUGUGUACCUAGUGUGUGUGUGUGUGGCGGGGGGAUGAAGCGCCUGUGGGACACACACUUCCCUCUCCUCAUCCUGCUGUACCUGCUAGGCGCUGUGAUGUCACAGGUCAACCCAGGGGUGUGUCGCUACCCUCUAGGGAUGUCUGGAGGUCAGAUCCAGGAUGAGGACAUCUCUGCUUCCAGUCAGUGGUCUGAGUCCACAGCAGCACGCUAUGGCAGGCUGGACUUUGAGGAGGGCGAUGGGGCGUGGUGUCCGGAGGGGACUGUGGAGCCGGACAGUGUGAAGGAGUUCCUGCAGGUGGACCUGCGCUCGCUCCACUUCCUGACGCUGGCCGGCUCGCAGGGCCGUCACGCCGGGGGUAUGGGCAACGAGUUCGCCCAGAUGUACAAGAUCAAGUACAGCCGGGACGGCAGCCGCUGGAUCUCCUGGAGGAGCAGGCAGGGCCAGCAGGUCAUCGAGGGGAACAGGAAUGCGUAUGACAUCGUGCUGAAGGACCUGGAGCCGCCCAUCAUCGCUCGCUUUGUGCGUUUCCUGCCCGUCACCGACCACGCCAUGAACGUCUGCAUGAGAGUGGAGCUGUACGGCUGCGAGUGGCUGGAUGGUCUGGUGUCCUACAACGCCCCUGCAGGAGAGCAGAUGAAUCUACACAGUCAGCACGUUUACCUCAACGACUCUGUCUACGACGGAGCUAUUAUCUACAGUAUGACGGAAGGUCUGGGCCAGCUGACAGAUGGGAUGUGUGGAUUGGACGAUUUCACCCACAGUCAUGUGUACAACGUGUUGCCGGGAUACGACUACGUGGGCUGGACCAAUGAGAGCUUCCCAAGCGGAUAUGUGGAGAUCAUGUUUGAGUUUGACCGUAUGCGAAACUUCACCACCAUGAAGGUACACUGUAACAACCUGUUCUCGCAGCAGGUGAAGGUGUUCCGCCAGGUGGUUUGUUACUUCCGCUCCGAGUCGGACUGGGAGGCCACGCCUCUCUCCUUCACCCCGGGGGCCGACGUCCUGAACCCCAGCGCCCGAUUCAUCACCGUCUCCUUGGCCAAUCACAUGGCCAGUUCCAUCAAGUGCCAGUUCUACUUUGCCGAUGCCUGGAUGAUGUUCAGCGAGGUGACGUUCCAGUCAGACACAGCCAUGUACAACACCACCCUGGCACCGCCUAAAACUGGACCCCCCACCAGUACACAACCAGGGGAUGACCCCACCCACAAAGUAGACGACAGCAACACACGCAUUCUGAUUGGCUGUUUGGUCGCCAUCAUCUUGAUCCUGGUGGCCAUCAUCGUCAUCAUCUUGUGGAGGCAGGUGUGGCAGAAGAUGCUGGAGAAGAGCCAGACGUUCACCUACAGCCCCAGCAGCCAGGUCUCCAGCCCCCAGCGUGAGCAGGAGACCAGCUCCACCUACGAGCACAUCUUCCCCCUGGACCCUGCUCCUAGUCCUGGUCCUAACCCUGCUCCUGGUCCUAGCCCUGGUCCCAGCCCUGGUCCUGGCCCUGGUCCUGGCCCUGACUACCAGGAGCCUUCUCGCCUGUUACGCAAGCUGCCUGAGUUCUCUUCAGAGGAAGAGGGCUCAGCCAGCUCCACAGCCUCCACGUCUCCCAUGGCAACCGGGGCAUCCCAGGACGCAGCGCCUCACUACGCAGAGGCCGACAUCGUCAACCUGCAGGGCGUUACCGGCGGCAACACCUACGCCAUCCCAGCGGUAACCAUGGACCUGUUGUCGGGAAAAGACGUCACCGUGGAAGAGUUUCCAAGGAAACUACUGACUUUCAAGGAGAAACUGGGAGAGGGCCAGUUCGGAGAGGUGCACCUGUACGAGGCAGAGGGUCUUCAGGAGUUCCUGGGGGAGUUCUCCUCCAGCGACAACCAGCCUGUCAUGGUGGCAGUCAAGAUGCUCAGAGCAGACGCCAGCAAGAAUGCCAGGAAUGACUUCCUGAAGGAGAUCAAGAUCAUGUCUCGUCUGAAGGACCCCAACAUCGUGCGCCUGCUGGCGGUGUGCGUGUGCAGCGACCCGCUCUGCAUGAUCACAGAGUACAUGGAGAACGGAGACCUCAACCAGUUCCUCUCCAGACACCAGCCUGAGGACCAGCUGGCCCCCCUCAGCAACACCCCCACCGUCAGCUACAGUAACCUACACCACAUGGCCGUUCAGAUCGCCUCGGGGAUGAAGUACCUCUCCUCUCUGAACUUCGUUCACCGGGACCUGGCCACCAGGAACUGCCUGGUGGGCCACAGCUUCACCAUCAAGAUCGCAGACUUCGGCAUGAGCAGGAACCUGUACAGCGGGGACUACUACCGCAUCCAGGGCCGCGCCGUGCUGCCCAUCCGCUGGAUGUCCUGGGAGAGCAUCCUGCUGGGGAAGUUCACCACUGCCAGUGACGUGUGGGCCUUCGGGGUGACGCUGUGGGAGACGCUGACCUUCUGCAAGGAGCAGCCGUACUCUGAGCUCACGGACGAGCAGGUCAUAGAGAACACCGCUGAGUUCUUCAGGGACCUGAAGAGACAGAUCUACCUUCCUCAGCCAGUGCUCUGUCCAGACUCUGUCUACAAGGUCAUGCUGAGCUGUUGGACCAGGAACACUAAGGAGAGGCCGUCCUUCCAGGAGAUCCACCAGGCCCUGCUGGCCAGCCAGGCCAGUAGCUCCUAACUCCAGGAGAGACACCAGGCCCUGCUGGCCAGCCAGGCCAGUAGCUCCUAACUCCAGGAGAGACACCAAGCCCUGCUGGCCCCCCUGGUGUCUGUUGCCAGACUUGAGGACUGGGAUUCCCAAUAUGGUGCCUAUGAAAUAGAUCAGACCAAGUUUUAAAAUAUCCAGCUUUAAAGCUACAACUCUAAAUAGACUGGCCAAGCAACACACACACACACACAUACACACAUACAUGCCUUGAAUAAUAUUAAAUAAACUCUUACCGUGUGUAAAAUCUUCCACAGAGGGAGAAGCCAGUCAGAUGUAGCAUGGAUGUUUGGCACUUUUGAAAAUGUUUUUUUCUGUUCCAAAUAGCAUUAGAAAUGCUAAACCCUUCUCAUCUUUAUACAUUACCUUAAUGAAUCUAUUACUUCAGCAACUCUAUUGUGUUGCGAAUGAAUGUAAGCUGUAGUUUUUCCCCAGUUUGAAAUGUUUUCUAAAUUCUUCAUCUCAGUCUCUAGAGCUACAAUAGCUGUUCAACAGCUCACAUACUCUCAUACUGGCCAGGCAUGUUUACCCUGCAGUUUCUCACAGUGACAUUUGACAGAAAUAGACUUUGACGUUUGUAUUUCAACUUUUACAUCUUAAAUACGAAUAUUUUGUACCAAUAUUUAAAUACAUUGUAUAUACAUGUUUGUCAUCUUAUAAUACGAUCCUGUAUUGAAGUGUUUUAUUUCAGCUACAUUAUUUGUUCUUGGUCUAGUAACUAAAGCAUGUGCUGUUGUCCUUGGUAUUCUGGAAGCAAUGAUAUUCUCACUUCGUUAUUCAAACAAACUACCUAUGGAAUGCAUAGUUUAAAUUGCUCUUACAAACACUGUCCUAAAGUGAGCACAGUUUUAAUAAGCUACAGUUGUUUUCGCUUACUCUAUACUUGAUUAAACCAAAGUGCUCAUGGUGGCUGUGAUUGAUAGCUUGUUGAGAGAGCGAGCUGGUUUACAGCUUGAUGAAAAUAUGCUACCAAGGAAACCGUUUCAAAGAUUGGAGUUUGGAUCCAACAAGCUUCUCUGUCAACUUUCAGGUGAACGAGAACACUGUUUUGCCCAGAAUUGAUCGCAAACAACAAAUGUUGUUGUCAUGGUUUCUCUUGACCUUUACUCAGCGACCUUUGAACCCGCUGGCAGGUGUUUGGUUAGAACCUGAAAACCGAAACAAGUUUCUAACCUGUGGGCCUCAGUUCUUUCUGUUAAACACUUUCUUUAUCAUUUUGACUGAGCUGGUCUUUUUACAGUGCUGCCCUGUGUGGCACCCUGGUCUGAAUCGUCAGACAGUUUGUAUCUAGAAAGUCAUCCUUGGAAACUGGAAAAGGGCAGGCACUUCAAAAAGUACUCGUCAAAUAAUUGGAUGAACCAUCUGCCUAGCAGCGUCUAACCAGCUGUCUUGCAAGGUUAGUAUAUCGCCCCCAUGCCUGUUUCUGUAUAUCGUGUCAUUUUAUGAUCUGGAAAAGCCAACAUUGCUCAAUCUCUAUUAGACAAGGGGGACUGAGCACCUCAGUGUUACAUGAACACUUUAUUAUUGUGACCCUUAAGUGGUCUAGAUGUAUUGUUAGUUGUAUAGAAUUUAUUACACAGUACAAAAUACAGUAAACCUUUUUAAAAUUCAAAUAUUAGUUUUGUAAUGAACAAAACUGAUAUCAGUCUUGUGAUCAAAUGAGAAAAUAAAAUCAUCUAGACAUUU